GACUCACCCAGACACAGGACGGCGAUGAGUUUGGGGGCCAUGGUGCCUCUUCUAUUGGGCCGGACACAGGGGUUGAGCUAAAUUGGAAAAUGAACAGGAUGUGGCAGCCAUGGUUUCGCAUGGUGAUUUUCUGGAAGAGAAAUAUAGAGAUCUGUGUCUUCAACCACAAGUCAAGGAAGGAUUUCAGAGAAAUCAUCAAGAACCAGAAUUUGCACUCUUGGUUCUGUCUCAACCCCUGUGUCCGGCCCAAGAGAAGAGGCGCCAUGGCCCCCAAACUCAUCGCCGUCCUGUGUCUGGGUGCUCCCGACGACCUCUCCCUGUCGGCCCGGCCGAGCCCUGUGGUUCCCCUGGGAGGACGUGUGACUCUCUCCUGUGAUUCCCAUCAUCGGUUUGCCACAUUCACAAUAUACAAAACAUCUGGGACCCAGGACCGGGCAUUGCUCACUGGCCAUUCCAGUGACUUCACCAUCAGCCCCGUGACCGCAGGACACGCUGGGACCUAUAGAUGUUCUGGAUUUUUCAGCCGCACCUCACAGCGGUCAGCUCACAGCAACUCCCUGAUGAUCGUGGUCACAGUACUGGGGAAGGAGCUCAUUCCUGUUAACGAUGAGGAUUCGUCAGAACCUAAAACUGUCGUGGCUACUGUGAAGAAAAAGGAUCCUAAGCCAGCACUGUGUUUGCUGAAGGUUCUCAAAGCACAGAGCAAUUCCCGCUUUCCAGGAGCACCGCACGUCUCAUAUGGCCUCAAGGCAGAGCACAGGGAGCGGUGCGGAGAGAACACGCACACACAGUCAGGAAGGACGUGGAUGGGCUUUGGCGGUGCGUUCAGAAAACCAUCCAUCUCUGCACACCCAAGCUCCCCGGUGGCUGCGGGAGCCCAGGUGACCGUGCGCUGUCACUCGGAGCUGGCAUUUGAUGAAUUUAUCUUAUACAAAGAGGGGCACACACAGCAUUCCCAGGAGCUUGACGCGGGGAUGGAGGCUGGGACUCACUACAUCGAGGCUGUGUUUCGCCUGGGUCCUGUGACGCCGGCCCAUGCGGGGGCCUACAGAUGCUGUGGUUCUUUCAGUCACUCCUGCUAUGAGUGCUCGGCUCCCAGUGACCCCCUGGAGAUUGUGAUCACAGGAAAACACAAAAAGCCUUCUCUCUCCACCCAGGUGGGCCCCAUGGUGGGGUUGGGAGAGAAAGUGACAUUAUUCUGCAUCUCCCAAGUCUCAUUUGACCGGUACCAUCUGUGGAGAGAGGGGGCUCCUCAUGGCCAGUGGCUCAGUGGAGGGCAGGGACACAGGGGAGCGUUCCAGGCCAACUUUUCCGUGGGCCCCGCAACGCCAGCCCAUGGCGGGACCUAUAGAUGCUACGGUUCUUUCAAAGCCUCGCCAUAUGAGUGGUCGGCCCCCAGUGAGCCCCUGCACCUUUCCGUCAUAGGAGACCCUAAGAAUACUCAUCUGUCGUUCAUGGAAUCCACCCCUGAAUCUGACACACACCUUCCUCAAGGACAGUCCGGCAACCUGAAUAUCCUCAUUGGGCUCUCAGUAGCCGUCAUCUGCGUUGGCAUUUGCCUCUCUGCUUUUAUUGGUUACUGGUGCUCCGUAAAAUACCACACCCCCAUGGCAAACACAGAGCACGUGGAAGGCCAACAGAUGGAUGAAGAGGACCCUGCAGCAGAAGCAGCACAGGAGAUGGUGUAUGCCCAGUUAAACCAGCACACCCUCUCUCAGAGAGGAGUCACUCCCACCCUCCCGUGUCCUGAGUACCUCUUGGAGGAGCCCAGUAUCUACAUUGCCGUCCACCAAGCCUAGACGGAGGCCACAGCCGCCCCCAGUCUUUGAGCGCAAGGGGCAUUCAUGCACAAGGACCUGGAUCUUUUCCUAGGAGGAUUUUUUUCCAUGGACAUUUCUCCUCCUUCUGGUACUAUCUUGACACCUCCAAGCUGGCAACAGCAGAGUCUGAAUGCCUGUGGGAUUAUCUCAGCACUGCUUCUCAGACAACUAGCCAUUCUAUGAUUCUAUUUUGAGCAUCCAGCCAUUUAAGGUGAUUUGACUCUAUCCACCCACUCAUUCUGGACAUCUCACUAAUGUCACCUGACUUAUUCUGAAACUCUGCAGACAUGCUUCUAGAAAGCUGAUGCAUAUCCUCAGCCAGUUUAGUCUCUAAAUUACUCAGUAAGUCUAUUUUAAAAAUUUUUUGGACAUUUUUACUGCUUUUAUUGCAAUGUGAUUUUUUGGAUUAUGUUAUCAAAUGCUUUUUAAAAAUUGUACUGUAAGUUCUGGGGUACAUGUGCAUAUCUUGCAGGAUUGUUGCAUAGGUACACACAUGCCAUGGUGGUUUGCUGCCUCCAUCCCCCCACCACCUACAUCAGGCGUUAGUCCUGGGAUACGUGUGCAGGAUGUGUAGGUUUGUUACACGGGCAAACGUGUGCCAUGGUGGUUUGCUGCAUCUAUCAACCCAUCACCUAGGUAUUAAGCCCAGCAUGCACUGGUUCUUUUCUCUGAUGCUCGCUGCACCCACUGCCCUCCUCUGACAGGCCCCAGUGAGUGUCUUUCCCCUCCCUGUGUCCACAUGGUCUCACCGGUCAGCUCCCAACUUCUAAGUGAAAACAUGCAGUGUCUGGUUUUUUGUUCCUGCACUGGUUUCUGUGUCUCUGCAAAUGACAUGAUUUCAUUCCUUUUCAUGACUGCAUAGUAUUCAGUGGAGUGCAUAU